AUGACGCCACUUGUUGUGAGAUUAUUGCUGGAACAAUUCAUUAUGUUGUGUCUACAUUUAGAUGCAUCACAUUGGAAACGCAAUCAUUUGGUUGCUGAACCUCAAGAUGCAUGUAUUGAUUCAGUAGUGCUUCCACUUUUACGAAUCAUUCCUUGCGCUCGAUUCUUGGAAUUAUUCGUGCAUGCAUUAUCCAAUGCAAUGAUCAUUACAUGCGUAACACCGAAUCAUUACUUGUCUUCUUCUAAUGUUCACUUUACUCUUUGGAAUGCAUCCCAAUCAUCACAUACUAGUUGCAUUCAAAAAAACGUUGGCUGUAAAGGGCGACAUUAUCCACACUUGUCGAGUAACCACACGAUACUACGAAAGUGUAUUCAUUCCUCGACAUAUAGCACGCCACUACAUUCAUGCAUGAUGUUUUUACUUUUGAUGGAACUUCAAGCUCCUUUUCUAGAAAGUACAUGCAUUGAUCAUGGAACAUGCAUCACGAGGAAUGGAAAUGGUUCUCAAUGCAGGAGGAUCCAAACAUGCAUUCAAUGCUGCUACUACUUCCAUUACUUUACAAGACAUUUAGGAACAUGUACAACUAUGGACGUGCAUGUGACUGGAAGAGAAAUACUUUCUUCAUUUCAUCAAUAUUUCGACACAUGUUUAUGCCAUGCAUUAUACAACCAUGCGAAUGUAUCAAAAACAGCAAGAACACAAUUGAGUUUUUCUCAAUUCUUGACCACAUACAUGCUGUAUUCAUUAUUAUAUAACAAUUUCAAUAAUAAUCAAUUCACAACCAUUCUCUCAAAAUCAUCCUCCAUGAUUGGAAGUGAUCAUUCUAGGAAAUUUACAAAUCAUAGCAAUGGAGAUAACAACAACAACAACACUAGUGGAAGAACCAGUCGUCAAAGUAAUCAUAGCAGUAGUGGAAGUGGAAAUAUUCAAUCUUCAUCAUCUUCUAGGAGUAGUAGUAAUAGUGAACAACAGCAACAACAACAACAAGUUCAAACUGGGCGAAUUUUGACACAUGAUCAUAACAACACCUCAGAUCAUUUAUUUGCCUUAAUUGACAUUAUUGAUGGUACACAAAAAGAAAAGAAUGGAAUCAAAUAUUGGGUUCAACGAAAUGUAAUUACCAUUCAAGUCAUUUCAUCCUUUGUGUUUGACACUUGUACAAUUAAUUGCAACAAGGAAGGAAGUACCGAAGUCAAACACAUGGAAACAUUAUCCUUUGUGGACUCUUUUGCCAAAAUGAAUGAAUCCAAAAUUAUGGAAUUGAAUUUGUCCACAUUGCGAUCAGCAUCUACAUAUCACGAAAUUUAUGAAGCACAAUUUCGAAAGAAGUUACCUUACACGAGUGGAAGACCUGAAACUCAAAAAUUAAUUUGGCUUUCUGCCGAGUUCAGUCUCAAUAACCAGAUCAUCAAGACAGUGAUUUCACCCAAAUUUUAUGUGUGCUCAAGACCUCAAGAUCUUCGAGGUGUCACUCGAGUAGGUCAGGCCUCCUCUUCUGAAGAAACUCAGUCAUCCUCUCAAUCUCGACAUGCUGCCAAGAUGGCUGCACAAAAGAGCGUGAUUCGUGGAAUGGUUUCUGUCAUUCCUCGAAAGCAAUUCAUGGCAGAAUCUAAUCCUCCUCAACAACAACCUUCUCUUCCUCCAACCAUGACCAAUACUACUACUACACUAGCACUUCCUCUCGAUCUGUGA